CUCAAGAUAGGAAAAAUAUGGCGGUUAAACCAACAGUUGCUCUAAGGGCAAUUCUCAUAGGUGGAAUUGCGGCAUUUGCUAAGAUCGGAGGCGCAAUGAAGGCUGCCGGGAGCGUGAAGCUCGGGGCAGCAGCAGCUGCUGUUACAGCGGCAGCCACUGCAGCAGUUUCAGGUUCCAAACAGGACCCUAAAAAUCCUGCAGAGAAAUCAUGAAAGACACAGUAGGUGAACCCUUCACAGACGGCAGCCAUUAAGGGAUGGUAUUGUACAACAAUUGGGAUCUGUUGCUGCUUGGUCUCUCUACUGUUGAGGUUUUGUCUUUUCUUAGGUGAUUAACCGAGUAAGCAUUGUAUUAAGGAUUCUUGCUGGCUUCAUACUUAGCAGCAGUGAAUUUUUAAGCUGCGGGGAAUAAGAGUAUUCGGAUUUGUUAGUUUUUAUGUUGUAAGCAGUGUUGAGGCACCAGGGCAAUGCUGAGUGCAGGCUUAAGAUACGAAAAAUAUAUAGCUGGCUUGUAAAACCAAGUAGUCGGAGGAAAGAAGAGAUAGGAAUUGAGACAUGUUAUGAUCAUUUUGCAUGCCGGGCACUGUUAAUUUUUCUAUUUGAGUGUUAUCUACAUUCAUAGCUUCUCGA